AUGGAACCACUUGUAUCCACCAUCUGGCAACGCAGUAAACUGCUUAUCAAAGCCAUGCUGAUCGGGGUAUUGACACUCGCGUUGAUGAUACCUGCCUAUUUUGUCGAGAACCUGAUCAGCGAAAGACAGGCGCGCCAGGAAGAAGCUUUUGCAGAGAUCAGCGGUAAAUGGGCGGGCAGUCAGACUUUGACGGGCCCCGUGCUGGUACUACCUUUCCUCGACAAAUCAAUUGUAAAUACGGGCACGCGGAAACUGGCGUAUCUCCUGCCGGAAAACCUUGUCGUAAAAUCGACCGUAUCACCUGAGAAAAGAUAUCGGGGCAUUUUUGAAGUAAUGCUGUAUUCAUCAAAAAUUAAUUUGAGUGGGAAAUUCAACUUCGAACAACUACGUCAGCUAAAGAUCGAUCCCGCUGAUGUUCUUUGGCAGGAGGCUUACACCUGUAUGUCGAUCGCUGAUCCAAAAGGGUUGAAGGAAGACAUAUCUAUGAAGUGGAACGACUUUUCACUUACCCUUGCUCCAACGGCAGUGAACAAUGCGAUCAUGCGCGAAGCCUAUGUUUCGCCCGUGCGUAAUAGAGCCAGGCAAAGAGGUGAACUUUUCGUCUGCUAUUGA